GAUAUGGAGCAAGCAGAAGGUGGUGUAAUAUGUAAGAAAAGAGAUGCCAAGCCAUUUUAUAGAAACGUAUAUUUGAUAAAGAACUGUGAUUUUAUAUGGAGAGAUGGUCAAAGGUACAUGCCAACACAAAGUGAAUUAGCAACAAUACGAACAUCUCCUCGUGGACAGUACGAAAAGAAAGUAGAAUUUUAUCGGAGUAUGUCAAAGGAAAUGGUUGUGAGAAAGCUUGAAGAGACAUUUCCCUACUUAAGUAAUAAGAGUUAUUCUUGUAAAGCUGUUACUUCACGCCCCUCCAAAGAUAUGUCGACAUCUCACGAUGAAUGUGCAAGAAUUUGGGAUGGAGAGACCAUAUGGAGGAACAUACAGGGGAACUCAGCUUUAUACAUUUUGGAGGACGAGAAAAACGAUUACUCUGCACACCAACACCAGCCAAAAUUAAAACGUCGUUAUGAUGAGCUCACAUCAUGCGAUCAGUCACAACAAGCAGCAAGUGAACUGAGUUCUUUGAGAAUGAGUGGACCAGAAAAGCAACUUACCUGUUCUGGUACUAACACAAGAAACGGUUCUAGUCAUCCAAUUGUAGCAUCAAGGCUGGCUCUUCAAGCAGAGACUUCAGGAGCUGAAAAUGGAGCACUGCAAGAGGUCAUCAGACUUCCAGAAAAUCAACAGUCUGGGAAUGGAACUAGAAGCAGCGCCUCGUAUACCACAGUCGUAUUCGGGCCGACACCAAAAGGUUUGGAGAGUGAUGGUCAAUAUGCAAAUGAAAGACAAGGCUCACGCCAAGAAACCUUGCCAAAUUUAUUUCGGGAAACUGGUCCACAUCCACCACUGCAGCAAGCCCCUGUAAUGGGAGCGCCAGCCUCAGGUGAAAGUACCACCAUCCCCACGUCAAGUGCAGACGCUAUCGAAAGCAGUUUAUCUCAGCUACUUCGUUCAGUGUUUGAUGACGGUAUAGACCCCUUUCCGGAUUCCCACCCUCUUUUUUCUGAAUGUUAUCCUGAUUCUUCCUUAGAUCUGCCUCCAAAUGAAGAGAUUCCUGAAAAGAAGUCUGACUUAAAUGCGGAAAAGUAUCCCACAAAGAUGCCAGUUUGUCUGGACUCUGAAAUGGCGGAUGAUAAUGACCACACAGGGACUUCAGGAGUGAGCAAUUUUCCACCCCCUACUCUAGGAUUCCACUCUUCUGAGAUAUCUGACCGCUCAGCUGAUAACAACAGUACGACCAGCGGUGUUUCUGAGCUUGGUCAGAACUUUUCCUCAGGUGAUGUGUCGCCCAAUGAAGAAGAGCAGUUUGAAUUCAGUGUCAUACCGGAAAGGGUUCCCUUACAGGGUGGUCCCUUGUUUCGUAUUAAAUCUAAUCGAGCGUUUCCGGAGAAUUUGGAGAUUGCAUUGGCUAUCUUCCAAUUCGAGCAUCCAAUCACUGUUUAUGUUAAUGGGUGUGGCAAUGACUGCCUUGAUGGAGAGAAUAUUCCACCUUCCAAUAAGCCGGGAAAGGUCAACAUACUUUUAAAGCGAGCGAAUGGUAAAGUACUUGGCAAAACGGAGAUUUGGUAUUACAAUAAAAAGAAGGAGGCUAUUCGAGAGAUGCUUAAGGACCCGGAGCAACAAUCGGAUUUUUUUCGAAGUUAUUCUGAGAUGUUGAUGGUUUGUAACAAUGCAACAGCCAGUGGCACUGAAGCACAAAACCAUGUAAUUUGUGGCUCUACAGAACCUGUACAGAUGUUAUACGCCUUCGUUUGCGUUGCAGCAGAAAUUGGUGCUGAACAAUUUAUCAAAAUUAUCUUCAACUCGUCCGCUGGAAGAGUAGUUUAUGACCAAUACAAUGACAGCUCAUUUCUUCCCGAAGCUAUUGCCAGAGAGUAUGGGCAUGAGAAGAUAGCUGUUUAUCUUGAGGAGAUAACUGGAAGAUUUUCUAAAGAGGCCAGUGACACCCCAAACUACCCCCAGACGAUCGACUGGUCUGAGCUCAUUAGAGCGGCAGAGGAAGCACAAAAGCAGCCCAGUCACAGCAGUGAAGGAAAGAGCGAUCAUCUGGAAAGAAAUUUUAUAAAGGACACUGGUUAUUUGGGAGACAUCGACACCUCGUCUAACGGAUCUUGCGAGAGCGUAAGCUCCGAGUUUGAAGAUGACAUUCCUCUGGCGAGUUCUAAAGUAGAAUUGGAUUACCUUGCAGAUCAACUCAGCGAAGUUACUUUGGUAUAUAAAGAUCAGGAAUUUGGAGUCAAAGAGGCAACUUUGAACCAAAGGUUGAUGUCGUUUAGCAAAACUGGACAUUUUCACCGAGAGCAAGUAAAUUCUACAGUGGCCAACAAAGUUGUGUUACCGACUAAAGAAGGAUGGGUACUCUCCCUUUCUCAAGAAAGCUUCAUUCUAGAAACCCACGGCCUGAGACACCUGAGAGGUCUCAAUAGAUGUGAUAUUUCCUUUUUCCUGGGCUCAGAAAAGGAAAGAAUCCAAUCUCAUCUAAUCACGGAGUAUGAAAGGUGGUUUUUCCUGUUUAAUUUCAUAAAAGACAGCAGUUUACACAAUCAAACGUUUGCAUCAGGAUGUGGACAAUUUGUACAACAAAUUAAACAGGAGAUCCAAACUGUUAUGAUGGGGGCCUCCUCUGGCUGCGUUGAAGACAUCCCUUGCAUAAAAUCAACCAGGGAACUCUUAACAACGUCAGAUAAUCCGGAGUUAGCUGUUCAAUGGGACACGACUCAAGGGUCAACAAAAUAUUCUACUUCCAAUGUAUGGGUGUUGACUUGUUUGUACCGUCCAGCGAGGAAUAUUCUGUUUAUAUACGUUGCAGACAACAGUGAUGUUUUCCCUCACAAAGUGUAUUUCGAUGAUGACGAAUACGAAUUGUCAACCCAGCGCUGGCAGUGGCAGCGACACAGCAGCAGUUUAUUUAAUGUCCAAAAUAGGCUACAAGAAAUGCGGAAACUAUCAGAGCAAGUGAGACCAGAAUUCGGCCCGACUCCUCUUCCUACGUGGAGUGCAAAGCAGAUUUUGCCUCAAGUGCAAGGCAAGCACGUGUUACGUCAGCCUGAAUGCUGUCCUACUUGGUUGACAUCAGGAGCGCACUCGAUAUCGACUUGGUUGAGUCAGUAUAACCAAUUAAUAUCUUCACCCCUGAUUAAAUGCCAGUCAGAAGAUCCUUGCCUUGUCAACGAUGAAACGAAUCACUUUUUUGAAACGUUAUACGAAGAACAUAGGGAGGAUUUGGCUAAGGAUGAGUCAUUAACUGCUUUCACCCUAACCAUCGACAGCGAACGCGGAUACCUGGAUAAAGACUGGCCAAGAAACAUUAGGGAUGAGUUGGCGAAGAGUGCGUCGUCAACUGCUUUCACCCUAACCAUCAACGGCGAAGAGAAAGACCUGGAUAGAGACCGGGGAAGAGGUCUUGAAGAAGGUUUGGCGAAUAGUACGUCAUUAACUGCUUUCACCCUAACCAUCAACAGCGAACACGGAUACCUGUAUGGAGACUGGGAAAGAGGCCUUGGGGAGGAGUUGGCAAAGAGUAGGUCAUUAACUGCUUUCACCCUAGCCAUUAACAUCGAGUACGGAUACAUAGGAACGUUUCAAAUUGUCGCUGAGGAUUUGUUCAACAUGCAAACGAGAAAACCUGACGCAUCCUACAUAGAGAGGGAUGAUUAA